UCAUAUUGAGUAAUGCAAAGCUUCAUGAGGAGGACCCCCACUCUGUUUCCUCUCUGUCUUUCUCUGUCGCUUUCUUUCUUCCAACUCUGAAUCAACUUUUUCCUUCCUUCUCUUUAUGUAUCUCUGCCUCGCCGCCAUUAGCAAAGUCUCUUCCUUUUCCAAUUUCCCUUUCUUUCUCUGCUGUAAAAUCUCGAGCCCUUUUUUCAGUACUAUACAUACCCCUGCAUAUAUUUUUUAUAGCAAGCCUAAGCUACAAGAUAGCAACAAACCCCACUCUAAAACUACUCUUUUCUUUUCCUGCUUUUGACUCAUUAAAUAUAUUGCACCCUCAUCUUCAGUCACAACCCUUCUUCUAUUUAAUGCCUCCUCUCCUUUUCAAGACUUUUGCUUCUUGUACCCCAUUUUUCUUCUUUCACCGCGGAGGGAUGGUAUAGGGCAAAGACAAAGACAAAGCCAAAUAGGAGUUUGUUUUUCUCAGCACUAGCUUUCUUUGAUUUCUUGCUUUCUGUUGAAGUUCUUGAUCAUAUAAAUUUAGGAAAAGAAAGAGUAUAUUGAGAAAUAGAGACUUAGGUAUCAAGGCCAGUUCUGUUCUAGUCUUAAAACUUGAAUUAAAAAAAAAAAAAAGAAAAGGGAAACUUGGGCUUGUUUUUGUUUUUACUGUUUGAUUAGAUCACUCCAUUUUAGAUUUCUUUUUGUUGCAAAACCAUUUAUUUGCUGACACUCAUGGCAGAAAAGGACAUAGAUUGCUCUUCCCACAAACUCCCCUCUGCUUCACAGGUUCUUGAAGAGUUAAAAGAGCUGUGGGGCAUGGCUUUACCUAUAACAGCCAUGAACUGGCUAGUUUUUGUUAGAGCAGUGGUUUCGGUGCUGUUCUUAGGCAGACUUGGCAGCCUUGAGCUAGCCGGCGGUGCUCUCUCCAUAGGAUUCACCAACAUCACUGGCUACUCUGUGCUUGUUGGUCUUGCCUCAGGGCUUGAACCGGUGUGUAGCCAAGCCUAUGGGAGCAAGAACUGGGAGUUACUCUCCCUCUCUCUCCAACGCAUGAUCAUCAUAUUGUUUCUUGCAAUCAUACCAAUCAGCCUGCUAUGGGUGAAUCUUGAGAGCAUUAUGGUGUUCAUGGGACAAGACAAAGAUAUCACAGCAAUGGCAGCAACUUACUGUAUGUAUUCUCUACCGGAUCUUUUGACAAACACGUUGUUACAGCCAUUGAGGGUUUUCUUAAGGUCACAGCGGGUGACAAAGCCUAUGAUGUGGUGCUCUCUGGUGGCUGUGAUGUUCCACGUGCCACUUAACUAUAUGUUGGUGAUGGUGAUGGGGCUGGGAGUACCAGGUGUGGCAAUGGCGUCAGUGGUUACAAACAUGAACAUGGUGGCUCUGAUGGUGGGGUAUGUGUGGAUGAGUGGACGGUGGGAGAUGAGAUGGACGGCUGGGAUUGGAGGGGUGUGUGGUGGGGUGGUCCCACUCUUGAGAUUGGCAGUGCCCAGUUGCCUUGGGAUUUGCUUGGAAUGGUGGUGGUAUGAGAUAGUGACUGUCAUGGCUGGUUACCUGCCGAAUCCCACACUGGCUGUGGCUGCCACUGGGAUCCUUAUUCAGACCACCAGCAUGAUGUACACUGUUCCCAUGGCUCUUGCAGGCUGUGUCUCUGCCCGAGUAGGAAAUGAGCUGGGAGCUGGUAAGCCACACAAGGCCAAGCUAGCAGCCAUGGUUGCAUUGGGCUGCGCCUUUGUGAUUGGGAUACUCAACGUGGCUUGGACGGUCAUCCUCAGGGAAAGAUGGGCUGGUUUGUUCACCAAGGAUGAUCUGGUCAAACCAUUGGUUGCAACAGUCUUGCCGAUCAUAGGGCUGUGCGAGUUAGGAAACUGCCCCCAAACAACAGGUUGUGGCAUCCUACGUGGCACGGCCCGUCCUGCGGUGGGGGCCCGCAUAAACCUGGGUUCGUUUUACUUUGUGGGCACCCCAGUGGCAGUGGGCCUAGCCUUUUGGCUAAACGUUGGGUUUCCUGGGCUGUGGUUUGGGCUACUGUCUGCCCAAGUGGCAUGUGCUGUGUCCAUUCUGUGUGUUGUAUUGCUCUAUACAGAUUGGGAGGCUGAGGCUUUGAAUGCUAAGAAGCUUACCAGCAUGGAGAUGAGCUCAUGCAAUAAUGGACAUGGAGAGAAAGGAUAUGAAAUGGACGAAGAGAGCAGAGGGUUUUUGGGAAAUGGAAAUGACAAAAUAGAUGACGGUUUGUAAAGAGAAAAGGACAGGGAUUGUGGGGGUGGUGGUGGGAUAUGUGCAUGAGAUGGUGCUUAGCUUUAUGGGAUACUGGUUUUGUUGUCUAGUUGCUUUCGGGGAGGGUUUAGUGAUUUGAGGACCUAUUCUUGGGGCUGUUCCGUUGCCAGGAAUGUCACUCCCCAUACAAAAUGUUAAAUAUUUAUGAACGAUGGCCUACAUUUUGCUGCUACUUUUUAGAGUGGGCUUUUUCUUUUAUUUUCCUUUUUCCGUACUUGUUUUGGAGGGAGACUGGGGAAGCACCAAAAUAGUCGUCGUGGUUUAUGUGGCAACUAGCUGCGAGCUUUGUUGAUUAAGGUACGAUGUGCCCAUGUACGAAAGCAACAUCUUUUGUUGUGACGCGCCUCUCGUGUGACAACCCUUCUGCUUGAAUUUUGAACUAAGCAUCUAAUAGUCACGUUUACAA